CUUCCCCAAAACCCCAUUCAGUAUCACCCUUCUUCUUCUUCUGCUGCAAAAACCCUAAAACCCAGAACGGACGACUGCAAAACCUACAGACCUUCUCCUUCUUUUUUCACACCGACAAACCAAUCAUGACAUCGAAGCGCAGGAAUCGUGGACGCAACAAGCACGGACGUGGACACGUGAAAUUCAUCCGCUGCUCUAACUGCGGCAAAUGCUGCCCCAAGGACAAGGCAAUCAAGAGGUUCCUUGUGAGGAACAUCGUCGAGCAAGCUGCGGUUAGAGAUGUUCAAGAAGCCUGCGUUUAUGAUCAGUACACUCUUCCGAAGCUGUAUGCGAAGAUGCAGUACUGUGUUUCAUGUGCAAUUCACUCGCACGUCGUGAGGGUUCGAUCCCGCACGGAUCGCAGGAAUCGUGAUCCACCACAGCGCUUCAUUAGACUCAGGGAUGAUCAACCAAGGCCUGGUCAGCCUGGCCAAGCGCCCCGAUAUGCUGGAGCUGGAAAUCCUGUCCGCUCAUGAACAAGCGGAUCUAGUUAUUUGAACCUGAUGCUUAGGUACCUAAUCAAUUUCUGAAACUGAAUUUUUGGAUAGUAAGUGUUUUUUUCAGCCAUUUUUGGUUGAAGCGAUUUUGAGGAAUAUUUUUAUUAUUCAAUAGGUGCUUGAGUUGAUGAAAUUUUCAUAAAUUCUAAGUUUUGUUACACGGAUUAGAUUUUAUAUUCAUAAUUAAGAAUAUACUUUUUGGUUCUUCCAUAUUUUUUAACCCAACUCCCAUAGGAAUGCUAAGUUUGCUGUUAAUGACUGAGUACCCGAGAGACUGAUUUAUAAUCACGUUGCAACCUGCAAUUUUCAAAUCCCAUACAAGCAGGAUAUUCUACUCUCCAAAACCAAAGCGGUUGGGGGUCCCAUAAUAUCAUAGUGUAACACGUUUUCUUUGCCAUUAUUCUAAUUAAUAUCAGUCCAGUAUACAAAUUGUUCCUUAUUGACAAUAUGAUCCAGUUCGCUGGGCACCCACACAAAAAAAAAAAAAAAAAAAAAAAAAAAAAAAAAAAAAAUGAAAGAUGAGAAA